UUGGCUCCAGCAGCAUACAUUUUCUUCGCCUCUGCUAUCCCCGUGGUCGCCUUUGGGGAGCAGUUGAGUCGAGAAACAGACGGGAGCUUGAGUACUGAUGAGACGCUUAUGUCUACUGCCAUCUUUGGUGUCAUCCACUCGAUUUUUGGGGGGCAGCCGUUGCUGAUCCUAGGCGUUGCAGAGCCUACCAUUAUAAUGUACUCGUAUCUGUAUAGUUUUGCCAAGAGCAGCAUUGGAAAAGAUCUGUAUUUAGCCUGGGCCGCAUGGGUGUGUGUGUGGACUGCAUUGAUUCUUUUCCUUCUCGCUAUAUUCAACGCUUGCACGAUUAUUUCUCGUUUCACGAGAGUGGCAGGGGAGCUCUUUGGCAUGCUGAUAUCCGUGCUUUUCUUGCAAGAAGCCAUCAAGGGCGUUGUGAGUGAGUUUCACGUCCCACAAGGCGAAAAUGGCGAAGAAGAACAAAACCAGUUCCAAUGGCUUUACAUCAAUGGAUUACUCGCAGUUGUGUUCAUGUUUGGUGUGCUUAUCACUUGCCUGAAGUCGAGAAAGGCUAGGUCGUGGCGCUAUGGCACAGCCACGGUGAGGAGUUUAAUCGCAGACUACGGUGUUCCAUUGAUGAUUGUGGUGUGGACUGCCUUAUCGUACACUGCACCGAGCAGACUCCCCUCAGAAGUUCCGAGGAGGCUGAUCGGUUCGGCUCCCUGGAAGAAACAGUCGUUGAACCAUUGGUCUGUGAUCAAGGACAUGGGGAAGAUAUCAGUGGGCCAUGUGUUUGCUGCCUUGAUACCAGCAGUGAUGAUCGCGGGAUUGUACUUCUUCGACCACAGUGUCGCCUCACAAAUGGCUCAGCCGAAGGAAUUCAAUCUGCAGAAUCCUCCGGCCUAUCAUUAUGACAUCUUGUUGCUUGGAUUCAUGACUUUGCUUUGUGGCUUGAUCGGGCUUCCUCCUUCGAACGGGGUGCUUCCACAAUCUCCUAUGCACACUAGGAGUCUUGCAGUCCUCAAAAAGCAGGAGAUGCAGAAGAAGAUGAUGAAGCACGCAAAGGAAGGGAUGAGCCAAAACGCGAGUCAGUUGGAUAUAUACGGAAGAAUGCAUGCUGUGUUUGUUGAAAUAGACAAGACACCUCCUCACGCUGCACAUAAAGAUUUGGCAAAUUUGAAAGAAGCUGUGAUGAAACACGAUGGUCAAGAUCGUGAUGAAAAAUUUGAUCCCGAGAAGUGUCUUGAUCUCCACUUGCCAAUCCGAGUGAACGAGCAGAGGAUGAGCAACUUGCUGCAGUCUGUACUUGUUGGGAUCGCCCUGUGCGCCAUGCCCGUGAUCAGGAUGAUACCAACCUCCGUCUUGUGGGGGUACUUCGCCUACAUGGCCAUCGAGAGCCUUCCCGGUAACCAGUUCUGGGAGAGGCUGCUGCUGCUGUUCGUCCCUCCACGUCGUCGUUUCAAGGUCAUUGAGGAGUUCCACGCCUCGUUCAUUGAGUCUGUUCCUUUCAAAUACAUCGCGAUGUUCACUCUCUUCCAAUUCGCGUAUCUUCUCCUCUGCUUUGGGAUCACGUGGAUACCUAUUGCCGGGAUUCUAUUCCCCUUGCCGUUUUUCCUUUUGAUUAGCAUAAGGGAGCAUGUCCUGCCGAAGAUGUUCCCGCCUUACUAUCUGCAGCAGCUGGAUGCAGCUGAGUACGAGGAAGUCGUGGGGCAUCCGUUCGCUUCCAAGAGGGGGCAGCAGCACGAGGAUGAAGGAGGAUUCACUGACACUGAGGAUGAAGGAUUAUCCCCCGAUGUAACCAAUGCGGAGAUUUUAGACAACAUGAUAACUCACAGGGGGGAGAUCAGGCACCGGUCGAUGAGCUUCAGCGACAGGCACCAGUCGUUGAGCUUCAUCGACAGGCACCGCGAGAUUGGAGGAUCGUCGAGGAGGUGAGGAGACGGGGCAACGAGAUGUCUCUUUUUUGUCGUGGAAUCGUGUAUUGUUCGAUUUUUUUUCUUCUAUCAUCUACAACUAGAGUAGCAUAGUAUGUGCAAGAAAAUUGAGGCGCGGGAUGGAAGAGUGCGUGCGGUUGAUGAUAGACGAAGAGCCGAGGAUUCCUCGGACUCGGAUUAGCUCUGCAGGAAGCUGCAUUGCUGCUUCAAGUAGAGAAAAAAAAGAGAGAAAAGAAAAUGAAGAAGAAAGUCAGCUUCUUUAGUUCAUGUAUAGUGAUGAUUUUUGUAUGAGUAGUUUAUUUGAUCCAUUUUUUGAACUGAUGCAACAGACUGA